AUGGCACCAACUCCAAAUGCUCAGCAUCGAUUUACGUUUCCGCCAUUCCCUCCAGUACCUACAGGUGCUACCGUGAUUUCCUUCAAGGAUUUCAAAGAAAAUGGUAUCAAAAUCCAAGAAGAUGACUACGAUGGACCAGAAGUAGAUGCACUUGGCAUUUCUACUGUUACGAUCGAGAAAAGGCAUGUUGGGGAUUUUUGCAAAUCGAAUACCAGGAGCGCACAACACGUGGUGACCACUGGUCAAGAAAGCAGUACAGGAGGUGCUCCUUCCGUGUCAAAGACAUGGUUGCAAGAUUGGGAAGAAAUCAGUACAAGGAAAAGUGGCGAGUUUUAUGACAAAAAAGAAAAUAUCACAGACAGAAUUUACCAGGCCACGCGCGCUUUCAACGCAGGUCGCGCAUGGCCGAAGACGGACAGAUAUAAGCGUGUCCGAGAACAGUGGGAUCAGUUUCAACUAUACACAGGAGUAUUGAACAUCAUACCUGCGCAUAAACCUGUACAGGAUUCGAUGGCACUCACAGAAGACGACGGCUUCGAAGAUGAUGACAGUGGUUUUCCGGAAACCCUGCCGUUCGUAUCUACCGAUGAACAAGAAGGAACUACUGACAUCCACGAAUCGGCAGGCAAGGUCGAGGAUCCAGCCCCCGUUCAGAGUCAGAAAGAAAUCGAUUACCUACGGCAGCAGUUGAAAGAUCGUCACAUGAAUAGAUUAAAUGAAUUCUUGAUUGACCCCAAGAAAGGUGUGCAAGUAAUCGACUUUAACAGUGUGGACGAAAAUCUCAGUCUCAUUCCAACUCUUACCCGCUUCUACAUCAAGUUUCUCCUUAAGGAUGAGGUAUUCAGCGUCAAAUCUGAAUCUGAAAUCAUAGCCUCUUUCAAUCAAGCGCUUGCUAUUGUCGAAAUCGCGCAAACUGAGCUCCCGCUCACUUCCCAGAUAUCGAGAUGUCUCCCAUGGCAUGACAUGUUCAGCGGAGGGUGCGAGGAGUUGUUCAAGGUCGAUAAUCUGAACGUGCAUGUUCCAACAUGGGCGAAUCAGAGUAAUCAUAAUCUGGCGUUGGAUGUCGUGGAUGGGCAAAUUGACAUCAACUCAACUGCAGCGGCGACGAUUGCAUCUACGCCUGACUCUGAAGAACAGGAAGCUGAGGACGACAUCGUUACUCCAACGAUCGAACACGACUUGAACGAAAGAUCAGUUCAAGGUGAGUUUGUAAUUGAAUCCGUCAAUGGCACAAUGUCGAACAACCUACUCUCAGAAUCCGACGCUUCGCCUUCCGUCUCUAGCUUUUCGGCAACGUGGGGCUCAGAUCAAGACACUCUUGAGAUUGCCACAGACGACGUCAGAAAAUGGGACGUGGGAUUCGACAAAGGUGAUACUGGCGCUUCUGCCGGUUGGGGAGUGAUCGACAGUGCCGACAUAUCAUGGGGCGAAGAUGAUUUAGAUACUUGGGAAAUUCCUCCUCCCACGACACUUCUACCUAUCUUGGGUCCUACAGCACUUCCACUCACACAUACAAGUGGUGUUAUCGAAUGGAGCAUGCGUCGGAUUCGAUCAAUCGUUCAUCCUGAUGCUGCUGCUGCUGCCACUACUCAGGUGUCCGUUAUCUCAACCUCUGAUGGUCCUUCAGCAGAAGCGGUAGAAGUGUCCCUCCAUGCCUGUUUGAGUAAGGUUGUGAUGGAGCCUUGGAUUGACUGGGAAACUCAGGAUGAAGAUGGCGAUACAGCGUCACCUCAGAUCAAAGCCAACUCCCGAGGACUUGUAGUUGUAUAUGAUGAGGGUCAGGGUGUGCUGUAUGAAAACGACUCGGAUAUUCGGUCUAAUGCUUUUGCUGUCAAUGAUGACGGGAACACGGCUCAAAGUCCUCCUGUUCCCCAUGAUCCCCUCAAGCACUCAAUUGUCCUCCUUAUUGAACCGGAAAAUGCGCAACUAUUAAGGGUGGGUAUGGGCUUGGGUGCUACCUGGAUUCAAAUCGCAAGGCAGUCAGAUUUGAGAAGUGAGCUGGAGGUGAAGGAUAUGGAAACUACGGGCGUUGUGAAAGCCCCUAGUGAGGCCUGUUUAGAUGAAUCCAACGUAGUUGGCGAGAGGUUCUGGUAUUUGUCUAAUCUGUUGGUCGUGCUCCCUAGUUACCACAUUCCGAGCCCGUAUUAA